UGCUAUCUUGAUUUCCAUGGAGCUCCACCGGCAAAGCCUCUGCUAGAAACUACAACGCGACAGACGGCGAGAGAGCGGUAAUCCCUUUGACUGCACUGCUGUCUUGUGUUUUUCAUGGAACUCCACCGGCGAGAUCUCCAGUAGCAGUCACAAGCCGACAGACGGCGUGAGCUUCAACUCACAUACUAAUGACAGCAGGAGCCGGCGCAGAAGUUAGUGUCGGACAGGAAAAAGCUUGCGCGUUGCGGCAUCUACAAUUGCUAUCCGUCACACCAUCCAAGGCCGAAGCUACACAAGCAAAACCGUUACCGACCCUACAUGUUCAGUUCUCUUCACCGAUUACCCAAGGCUCAUCACCAACCAUGCCUGGUCCCGCAUCCGUCCGCCGCAAGUAUGAAGAGCUUCACCCCAGAGACCGCAAUGUGAAGCAAAACCGCAGACGCCGUAUCGAGAAGAACUGGGGAUGUGAACUGCAGGAUGCAAUUCCUAUGAGGAUACGUCCGCGGGUGGAGCUCAAAAAGGGCGCUAAGAUCCGCAUUGGAGACAUCAAUGGCGAUGAAGAGAUUUGGUGGAACUGGAGCGUGGAGGUUUUGCGCAGUCUCGAAGAGUUGUCUACCAUGAUGGCCGGUAGGCUGACAGUCGCCCGUGAGCUCAUGACCCUCGAGGUUCAAAAGCGCCAGGAAGACGGCAAGAACCCCCAGCGCAAGGUCGCUGAGAUCUUGCUCGGCGACCUUCAGCGGGUGGUCGACAACGUCAAGCGUCAACAGGCUGCAGAGUACGCAAAGAUGGGUGCAAAGCAGCAGCUGGACAUCGACAUGGAGUCUUUCCAGCAGCUGCCUGUCGAGGACAGCCACGGCACUAAAAAGGAAGGGCAGGGUCAGAGCCAGGGUCAGGGCCAGGGCCAGAGCCAGGGCCAGGAUCACGGCCGCUCUCCUGAGCUCGAUGAAGAUGGCCCCUUCCCCAACAUCCCUUCUCCUACCCCUGAUUCCGCCCACAUGGGUAAGGGCGCCUCUCAGCACAACAAGCUCCCCAACAUGUCUCGUCACAAGCUCUCUGGAGACCCUGCCGAUCAACCCCUCGUACGCGGCCAACUCAACAUCAAAGACCUCAACGCCAGCCUGGGCUUACUCGACGUCAGCGAGAUGCGUAUUCGCGCAAAGCGUCUCCGCACUGUCGCCAUGCGUCUCGAGGCCGAGGCCUUCGAGAUGGAGGCUGACCUGGCCAUGGCCAGACAGGCCCUGAAUGAGGAGAGGGACUUCUAAGGUUGGCGGUUGACCCACGCGCGAACCACGGCACUGUUGUCCGCUCUCGUUUUGAAGUGUGUUGGGGAAGCGCAAACAGCGGGGUCUCACCAGAUGUGGUAUGGAGGUAUCUCUAGUUCAAGCUAAAUGAAGUUAUGAACGUCAGAAACGAAACGAGGAAGAUGAAAUAGCGCGGCAGUUUCUUUUGGAAAUAUGGGCCUGAUCAAAGCUGAUAAUCAAUCGAGGAAAAGCAGAACGCGAAAGAACGCAGAGCCCAUAGAAACAACCAAAUGAGCCAUGAAAUUGAUUACCAG